UAGCGGCUGGGGGCGCCCUCGGCUCCCCGGCCCGGGCUUCCGGCUUUCCCUCAGCGCGCGUGGGCGCGCUCGGGUGGCCCGGAGACGCCCUCGGGCCGAGGUCCUGAGUGUGAAACCCUUCCUCCCGGACGUUGCUCUGUACCUGCUGUGGCGCGCGGUUGCACCGAACAGCGUGAGCGUGCGCGCGCGUGAUAAACACUGGGUCGCACAGGAGCGGCGUCCUCCUGCGAGGGCGCUCUGGGCGGGCUGGGCCGGCACCGGUUAAUUUAAACUUAGUAGCCACAUGGGGCUAUUGGCCAGAGCAGGUAAAGCAUUAGAAGGAAAACAAAGACCAAAUAUUCAUGUGAUACCAAAGUGAACUUGUUCACGUGCCAAGGGAGAGCCACGGCAUGUGUUCAGCAGAUUUUUCCAAACACAUCGAAAAGGUUUCGUGUUACCAGUGCCCAGAAGCUUGGUUUUCAACCCGGCCGGGACAGAUGGCAUAGCUCUCCAACAGACUUAGCUGUGGGUGUGCUUCUUUGAUUAUCAGGUGGUUGUUUUUGCUCCUUGACAACCUGCUUUCACACUCCACUCCCACUCCUCCCAUCUGAGAGAUCUGUGACCUUGGUUUGACUUUUGUUAAGGAACCAUGAUACGUUCGAGGCUUUUCUCAGCGAGAUCCUGGCCGGUGUUGGAAGGUGUGGGGUGCUGGACACCAUUGGCACGAGCGUUUCCCAGGCCCGGGCGGCUCCUUCCCCAGCUCGCUUCUCCCAGGCUGCUCUCGGUCAGCUGUGCAGACUGCACCAAGCACCAGGAACCCCCCAGGAAGAAGCUGCUCUCAGAGAAAAAACUGAAAAGGCAUUUUGUGGACCAUCGCCGAGUGCUUGUCCGAGGGGGACGCGGAGGUGACGGGGUGAGCUGCUUCCACAGUGAGCCCCGGAAGGAGUUUGGAGGCCCCGAUGGUGGCGACGGAGGCUACGGCGGCCACGUCAUCCUGAGAGUUGACCAGCAAGUCAAGUCCCUGUCCUCAGUCCUGUCUCAGUACCAAGGCUUUGACGGAGGAGCCGGCGGCAGGAAGAACUGCUUUGGGCGAAACGGCGCCGUCCUCUACAUCCAGGUCCCCGUGGGCACUUUGGUGAAGGAGGGAAACGAAGUCCUGGCUGACCUCUCGCACCCGGGCGACGAGUUCAUCGCGGCGCUGGGCGGGGCAGGCGGGAAGGGCAACCGCUUUUUCCUGGCCAAUGGCAACCGCGCGCCCACGACUUGUACCCCCGGACAGCCGGGUCAGGAGCGGGUCCUCUUCCUGGAGCUCAAAACGGUGGCACACGCUGGGCUGGUCGGAUUCCCCAACGCAGGGAAAUCCUCGCUUCUCCGGGCCAUUUCCAACGCAAGGCCCACUGUGGCCUCCUACCCGUUCACCACCCUGAACCCGCACGUGGGGGUCGUUCACUGUGAGGACCACCAGCAAAUAGCAGUGGCCGACAUCCCGGGCAUCGUCUGCGGAGCCCACCAGAACAGGGGCCUGGGCUUGGCCUUCCUGAGGCACAUCGAGCGCUGCCCCUUCCUCCUGUUCGUGCUGGACCUCUCGGUGCCAGAGCCGUGGACGCAGCUGGAUGACCUGAAGUACGAGCUAGAACAGUACAGGCAAGGCCUGUCCGAGAGACCCCACGCCGUCGUGGCGAACAAGGUCGACCUCCCUCAGGCCAGAGCCCAGCUGCCCCAGCUGCAGGCCCGCCUAGGCCGAGAGGCCAUCGCGCUGUCGGCGGCCGCCGGGGAGAACCUGGAGGAGCUGCUGCUGCGUCUGAAGGAGCUGCACGAUGACCACGUGGCCGCGGAGCUGGAGCGUGGCCGCCAGCCUCUCCGGUGGUAGCGGAGGUGGUAGGCUCGGCAGGUGGCAUGGGCAGUCCCGGGCAGGCUGACUGUGACCGGAGAUGAGGAAGGAGCCCCGAAGAAUCGGAGGCCUUGGUGCAGCGGCCUUCCCGCCAGCUCAGGGCUCCCCCACCAAUGCGCCCCCUGCCCUGGGCCUAGGACCUUGGGGCGGCGGAUGCUCACGCACCCGCCGGUCUGUUCCCAGUGCUUCCCGCGCCCGCCUGCGUGCGACUGACGUGCUACGAUGGGCUCGUCUGUGUUAAUUGGCCCCUGAUUAGCAGGGACCACACUCUGCCUGACGUCACCAAAUGCUGCCGAGGGCACACGGUAGAUGGGAGCCGGUGUUGCCUGCUGACCCUCGGGUGGUGGCAGCUGUCGCAGAGGUGGGCCCUUGAUUCCACGGCUGUCGACACGCCCCGCGAGCGCAGUUUUGCGGGGAUGCUCUGUCUGCUGCGCGAGGGCCGGGGGAGGGAAAGCAUUUGCAGGCGCCCGGUGGUGAAGGAGCAGGUGCGAUCCUCUUCUCAGAUGCCGCCGUCUGAGGGAAGCAAUGAGGGUGACACCCGCCCUGUUGUCCCAGACGGUGCUGUGCUCUUUGGGAGCCGAGCUUCACGACUGAAUGCUCCCAGUAUCCGACCCAGGGACGCAUGGCUUCUGACCCGCUUAGUACACGCGAACGGGUUAUUAGCUGUGGACUGCGGGUGGGGCAUCGCAGCGCCGCCCCCCAGGGUGGCCAGCGGCUCAGGUUUGUGCUCUAGGCGUCGAUGGGAGCCGCACCCGCGCCCCCCGCGUCCCGUGACUGCAGGUGCCCCGUGAGGACGGUGCAGCUGCUCCUAGCCUUCUCAUCUGGCAAAAUGGUCUAGAACUUUUGUUUCCCCCAAAUAAAGUCUGAUGCAUCUGA